UUAAAAUAGGAAUAUAGUCCUCGCUUUCGCAUAGAAUUCAGGAGGCUAUUUCACUAUUAGUUUAAACACUUCACAGACUUUCCCUGUUUUUACCAACAUUGACCAAUUCCGUACAUUUCCCGUGGCAUUUAACCAAACACCGUCUUUAUAUUUUCUUGUUGGCAAGCAAUCGGUGUUUUGAAGCAACGCUAGAUUGUGUGCGGUGAAAAGGGAUUUGAUACUUUUUUUAAAUGUGGAAUUAACUUUCUUUCUACUUUGGUGGUUACAAUCGGAAAAAAAUUGGGAUUUAAUUUUCUGGGUGCUUAUUUAUUCAUAGCAGCUUUAAUCUUAAAUUUGAAGUGAAGGAAUACACACAUAGUGACGAAAAUGGCAUUCGUUUUAGCCCCAGAACCGAGACCACGUGAUUUAAAAACCACCAAUAAUACUUCGGAGGAUAAUCCCUUGUAUCAGGACUUCCGGUUCAAAGGUUAUCCAUCUGAGAGUUUUUUCAACCCUCACAAUCCACAAUAUAAGAGGAAUUCGGCUGCUAUGAAUGGAUCUGAUGUGAAUAGAUAUUUUGGAAAAUCACAACAUUUUGAUUCAGAACCGGGCUUAACACGAGCCAAAACCGAUCGACCCUCGGCAAGACCACGUGCAUCCCCGCCUCCUAGGGCAAAUUCUCAAAUGGAAAAUGCCAGGCCAAAGUUAGACGAAGGUCACAGGAGUCUCCAGUACGGGUCAGGUGACCCACGAAUUGAGGAAUCACAACAGGUGCGACCCGGUCCAAUGAGAGGAUUAGGAUUUGACAACAGAGAAGAGAACGGACGGGAUAGAUUACGAAGAGAAAUGAUGGAUACUGAGCAAGAUCGGCAGAGAAUCAAAUAUCAGGAACAGAUUAGAUUGAGAGAUAGAGAAGAUGAAAGGAAAAGGCAAUACGACGAAAUCCAGGAGCAAAAACGACAGGAUAUGGAAAUGUUAAAAAAUUACAAUCCUUGGGGGAGACCAGGGGGAGGAGCUCCGAUGGCCGAUGCCAGAAAGCAGAAAUUUACCGAACAUCAACUCGAACCUCCGGAGAAACAUGUAUAUAAAGAUAAAUGGGAGCCUGCCUACCCAGAUUUAGAAAGGAUUGAUUUUAGGAAAGAAAUAGCCCAGGACAGACCUGGUUAUGAUCCAUCAGGACCAAGAGAUCGCACAAGGCUUGAACAGAUGAAACGAGACCCAGCGGCCAAUACGUCUCCAAAGAAUAAUUCUCCCCCCGCCGCACCGAGAAACGGUCAAAACGAACAAGGAGGGAUGGCUCCAGCUCCCCCUACAGGCAUUACUGGAUCUAUAGUUGAUCGUCUUGGAACCCCUGGGGGAGGUGCUCCUCUCAGAACAGAUUCCGGAAAUCACGUGAAAACUCAUAUGAACUCUGCCAAAAUACUCCGCUUUCAGGAUCGCAGCAGACCGGAAGUUGAAAAUGUCUUGCGAUAUGAAAAGGAUCCGCAGGCGAAACAGGAAUACGCUAUGGAUCUAAAUAUCCAACAAAAGCAAGAGAUGCUCCAUAACCAAGAGGAGAAAUUACAUAAUCUCAAACAGGAACUAGAUCACUGUGCUACUUUUCCAUUCGGGAAACCAGGAGGUGGUGCUCCUAAUUUGUCAAAAUCUGGAAAUCACUUGCGAUUAAAAAGGAAAAUUUACAAUACUCUGGACACAAUUGAGCUUAUGAAUGUUCAGGCUAGAGAUUCUUUCCAAGAGAGAAGACAGUUUGAUGAAUUUGAUCCUUGGGGAAAAGGAACUGGGAACCCCCUUAGAAAUUCUGAUGGAUAUCUGAUGAACAUCAGAAAAUCCUUCAGGAGGAAAAAGAAUGGAUACAGUGACUCUUAUGAAAGAGGAGGUAAUCCCCGCACAGAUAGCUAUAGACGUACCCCCGAAACAAACCGUAGCGCCACCAACCCUUUUGAAGAGUACGACAAUCUGGGCAGAAUUGGAAAACCCAAAAAGCCAAACAUGGAGCUGCAUCCCAUCUAUCAUCCUUUCGGAAGAUCCGGGGGAGGGGCACCAGUUAAGGAUUACAGCGGGAAAAUCAGCACAGUAUUACACGGCCACUCAGAUCGGCAUUAUCUGCAUAACAACCUGUCUGAUUACGAGAGAAGACAGAACGCAAUCAAAGCCAAAAUCUACUAUGCAGAAUUAGGUCAACAAAUGGAGAACCAGCAAUACAAGAAGAAAAUGGAAAUGGAGGAAAAGAGAAAGCCGAUCGGAGAAUUGGCUGUUUUAAUUGAUGAUAAAGUUGUAGGCAAACCCAGACGUAACAAGGUUACAGGAUUGUUGGAGAACCAUCACCUUGGUAACUCUGACGUGUCAUUACAGAAAAUGGGAAGCCAGCCAAGAAAUAUCUCAGAACAGAGGCAGUACCAUAACUUCUUGGAUAAUAUGACUGAGGAGAGAUACCGCAGGAAUGCUCUUGGAAAGAUGAAAGAUUACCAGGAAGGCCAAAGGCAUUACGACACCAUGGAUGGCCUCUGGGGUAGACCAGGAGGUGGGGCACCAAAGGGGUACACCAUGAGGAAGAUGAAUCUGGAUGAGAUCAUCCACCAUCCCACAAAAGAUAAAGCCACCGAAGAAUAUGUCAGGAAGCACGAUUGGUCAGAGGUUGAACCAGAAAAGUUCUUUUCAAAAGAUGAUGAUGAAUAUAUAUCGAGCAGAUCUCCCCGACAGAACCCAAUGCUCUCGGCCAGAGAUAUUCAGGAGGGACGUUUAUCCCCGGGUGCCAGGCCUAAGAAAUUUAUAAAGAGUACCGUCACGAGUAGUCACGCCAAUAUGUUCGAUUAUCGAGAAGACUAUCCUCAGAAAGAUUACAAGGUUGGUGCACCUUACGCGACAGGAAUCGAGGGAUAACGGAAGUGACGUAUAAGAAGAACUCUGCACAGGGAAAUUUGAAACUUUGAUAAGAAACUCUUAUAAAGAAACGAUAUUAAACAGGAACAGUGUAGAUCUGAUAUACUUAAAGCUCAACUCUCUGAUUGUGUAUGGAAAUUCAUAUAGUGUUAGGAAAUUGAUAUUCCAAAUAAAAUAAUUAUUCCAAUUCUUAUGCAUUAACCUGCAAAGAUAAAUACACUUUUAGCACGUAUGUUUAUAAAGCUGACAAAAUAUUUAAAAAGUUUAUAUUUUACUCAUAAACAAGCAUCUUCCUUUUGAUGUGAAAGUUUCGUUUCAGGUUUAAGGAAGAUAAUCUUAAAAAUGAAACCUGUAUAAGUAUGAAUUUGUUUGGUGACAGGGGCAUUUGGAAUACAGCUAUAAUAUUAUAUUUGAUUUAGAUACUAUAUAUAGAUGAAUAAUUAAUUGCUUGUAUAUACACUAUAAUUUAUAAACUUCACAAAGAAGUAACGUCUUAUCCAACUCAUUAAAAACGAGUCUUUGAUCCGCUCCGGAAUUGGACAUAUUUUGUAAAUCAAAGAUCUGAUUUUUAAUGAGAUUGGUCAAUUGUAUAUAGAUUUUUGUCUUAUUUAAUUAGAUAUUCUUUCACUUUGAAUGGAAGGUUAAUUCACUGCUGUAUGUAGAACGAGAGGUAUUAAUGUAAAUAGAAUGGGUAUGUUCCAGAGUACAUGUAUAAAAGUACGCGUUUUUAUAGUCUCUCUUACAAAUUUUUGUCACUGUGUGAAAAUUUGUAAAAGCAGGGACUUUUGAUUGUAUAUUUAUUUUUGGGUUUUUCAGUUUUAGUAGGUUUUGUAUGUCCUUUUUAUUGAGUUUUUAUUAAUUUUUUAAAAAGGCUCUAAUCAAGCGAAGCUGUGAUAAAACGUUUUCUGUUUCAAUAUAAGCAUAGUUUUAUGUAUUUUAUAUUUGAAAGAAAACAAUGUUAGAUUUGUUUGAUUUUUAUUUUUUUUAAGUUUGUAUUAAUUCAGAAUCAUUUAGCGCCAUUUUUUUCAUUUCAGAAAUUCAUUAUAAAAAGGUAUUAAAGCUUUAUCGAUUGAAUGUCUUUUGAGAUUAAAAAUUUGUAAAUUCUGUCUAUAACAUUACAUGUUCUCCAGCAUCUGUAUUCCAAAUAUUUUUCUUCAUAUCGUUUAUGUAUUUUUGUGCUUUUUACACGAUUUUAUACUGAACUUGUUUAUGUAUAUGUAUAUCCGUCCAUUCAUAUAAUCAAAGAAAUUAUUUAUUAUAUCAUAGGUUUAUGUCUACAUUGUAUUAUUAAAUGAGGCAAAGGAGCACACUGUUUUCCUGUUAUGUGAACGCCCUAUUAAAUUAUCCAAAUGCA